AUGCAGAAACACUCAAAGCGCCACGAUCUUCAAGGCCUCCGAUUUUUGGCCAUCUUUGCGGUCCUUUUGUUCCAUAUUUGGCCGGAUUUAUUUCCCAAUGGCUAUUUGGGAGUGGAUAUGUAAGUUUGUUUGCAUUUGAAAUGUGGUUCACUUUUGUUUCGCUGGAUUUUUUGCCAAGGGGAACAGUUGGCUCAGAAUGGGUCAAGUCUUUCUCUGGCUGAAAAUAGCUUAAAUUCUGGUUUAAAAUUUGAGAUAAUUCUUUUUGAAUAGUAGUCUCAUUAAAAUGCCGUGGCGGACCUGAUCCAAUGGCAAAAAAGCGUACCGUUUUGCAUCCAGGAAGGAGCCAAAAUGUCGCAAAAUACCUCCCUUCUCUAGACCAAAAAACUACGCUUUGAAAAGCGCGCCCUUUCCUUCACGAAGAGAUAUGCAUCCGACAAUAUUCGUACUCAAAAAGCGCGCGCUUUUUACUCCUCUCUCCUUCUCCUCUUUCCGUGAAAAAGCAAUAAGAUUCUGAAACUGCGGAACGCCAAAUCAGGGAGAGAAGCGCGCGUUUUUUGAGUGCGAAUUUGUCGGAUGCAUUCGGAGCUGGCGCCCUCUUCCUGAAGGAAAAGGCGCGCUCUUCAAAGCGUGGCUUUUUUGGCUUAGAGAAUGGAGGUACUUUGCCACAUUUUGGUUCCUUCCUGAAUGCAAAAUGGUACGUUUUUUGCCACUGGAUCAGGUCCGCCACUGUUGAGGACAAUCUUAGGAUGGUUUAAUUUUUGUGACACCGUUUUUUCCGCGAGGAAGAGACUUGACUCAAAGUUGGGUCAAGUCUUUCUCUUGAUGAAAAAGCAAAAUUAUAGCUAAAAAUUUACAGAAAUAACAAACGUAGGAUUGUUUUUUUUUAUAUGGCACCGUUUUUUCUGCGAAGGAAAGACUUGACUCAAAGUUGGGCCAAGUCUUUCUCUCGGUGAAAAUAGCUAAAUCAUAGUUUAAAAUUUACAUAAAAGGACACUUUAGGAUUUUUUUAUUUUUUAACACCGUUCCUCUGCGAAGGAAAGACUUGACUCAAAGUUGGGUCAAGUCUUUCUUUCGGUGAAAAUAGCUAAAAUCCUAGCUUAAAAUUGUUUAAAAGGGCAAAUUUAGGAUUGUCCUAUUUUUAUUACUCCGUUUUUCUGCGAGGAAGAGACUUGACUCAAAGUUUGGGUCAAGUGUUUCUCUCGGUCUGGUCUAUAGAAAAAUGCCUUGCAUUGCCCAAAAAGACUACUUAGCCCUUCAUAUUCGUCCUGUUUCAGAUUCUUUGUCCUCUCCGGCUUCCUAAUGUGCACCAUUUUGUCCUCCGGCGAGUUCAAUUCCGCCUCAAUCGACAAAUUCUACUUUCGCCGAAUCAAACGAAUCUUCCCCACCUACUAUUUUAUCAUCGUGUCGACUCUUCUGGCCGGAUUCGUAAUUCUGCUCGAUUCUUUCUACCCGACAAUGAUCUCCGAGUCGACUUCGGCCGCCCUUUUCGCGUCCAACAUGUUCAAUUUGCCGGCUUCGGGCUAUUUCGCGGUCAACAAUCAAUAUCCACUGUUUCUGCAUACGUGGUCGUUGUCGGUGGAGGUGCAGUUCUAUCUGAUUGUGCCAUGGAUUUUUUGGCUUUUGACGAGGUUUAGAGAACGCUCGAAACCAGUGGGAUGGUUAAUAUUGUUGGCGAUUUGCGUGUUCUCCUUCGGAUUUCAAGUGUAUUUUUUGGAAAGUGAGUUGACUUUUAGCUCAUAAGGCUUUUCUAAUGAUCAACGCAUCGUAUUUUUUCGUAUUUUAUCUUGAGAGCAAGACUUGACUCAUUUUGAGUCAAGUGUUUCUCCACCGUACAAAUUCUGUAAACGGCCAUUGCAACGGCUGAAAACACAUUUCCCAUCCACUUUUCUGUAUUUUUUCGUAUGUCAAUGCCGAGAGAAAGACUUGACUCAAAAUCACUUUUUGAGUCAAGUCUUUUUCUCGUAACAAAAUGUCUCAACUUGACUAGAAAUAGACUGUAGACGAUUUCUAACGAUUUUUGUAUGAGGCUCAAAAAAUUUUUCAGCUAAAUUUACCUUACUUUAGACACUAAUAUCUCCCACAUGUCCAUGGCUUCGCGGAUGUGGCAAUUCAUGGUUGGAUUUGCCACAGCCUUCUCCACGAUCAAGAAAAAGGAGGCAGAAGCCUCUGACUACAUAUUAUUGUCAGAAGAUGCCGAGGAAAAUCAAAAAACCAAAACUUUUCUGCCAGAAGUCUCAACUUGCACUCGGCUUGCCAAAAUUGUUGUUACAGCAACCCUUACAGUCCUGUUGCUCUCAAAAGUAAUGCAAAAUGCCGUAGUUUUGCGGGCAGUUUCGACUUUAUUAGCUGGUUUGUUCAUUUAUCUCAACGACGACACGAUUUUGUCCCAUCCGUUCAUGGUGUAUAUUGGAGAUGUGUCGUACUCAAUCUACCUCGUGCAUUGGCCCAUUGCAAAGCUGUCAAAGUAUUACAAUACGGGGAAGACGGUGAGCCAAUUUGACAGUAAGUCGGAACAUUUGUUUGGCAAAUUUAUCUUUGAGGGAAACACUUGACCCAAAUAUUCAAAAAUGGCAGAUUUUCGGUUGGCAAGUGAAAUAGGAAGUGGUGGAAGUAGGCUGAAACAUUUCUUCUUGACUUAGCGAUAUUAUUUUGUCUAAAAAUUAACUUUUAUUCGUUUCGAGUCAAGUUUUUCUCUCAUUCAAUAAUGAGCGUAAGACUUGACUCUAGAUAAAAAAUUUACGCUUCACUAGAUUCUUACGUAAGCCUAAUUAGUUUAGCAAUAAGAAAUAGCAUGUUUUAUCCUUUUUCCAGAGGUUAUUUUACCAUUUUCAGCAUAUUGGGUCAAGUCUUUCACUGAUUCAAAAAUUUGCCAAUUACUAAAAAUUUUCAGGCGGGAUAUGCAUCAUCGCAUUCUCACUGAUGUGUGGAUGUCUAGUCGAACACUUGUUUAUGAAGAUCUCAUCCUAUAUAACCAAAUGGAGCAGAUUAAUUCUGCUGCUGACCCUGUUCUUGAGUGCAAUAUUCUCACUUCAAAUGUACAUUCAAUUCAGCGUCCCCACCGAGGAUGUGCCAAAAGACGAAGUCGGCGCGCAAAAUCGUACCCGAUUACUCAGGUACAAUGAGACGGGAUUCCUAGAAUACGCGAAGGGAAUUUACCAAAACCGCCAGAACCCGCUCAACAUGACGAGAAAAGAGAUUGAGUUUUUCAAUCUGCAGCAGCGAGAUUACCUGGACAACAACGCGAAGGAGUGCAAGAAGCGGCAAUGGGGGCAAUUUAAGAAAGUUUUGAAGGAUUCGGGGUUCUACGAUUACGUUUGUCAAGUUGAGGCAAGUGGAAUAUAAAAAGAUGUCAAUUUUAAAGCAUUUUGUCAUUGUGGCAGCUCUAAAAACACGCAAAAUCCAAUGAGUCAACUUUGGUUUCGGUUCCAUAUGAUUUUAGCGACUUUGAGUCAAGUCUCCCUCUCAUUGGGUCAAGUCUUCCUCUUAGUGGGUCGAGUGUUUCUCUCAUAGAAAAUUGGGUAUACUUCGUUCAAAAUUUUUUUGAGAGGCUUUAAUAAGUGUUUAGUACUUGUUUUUUCCAUUUCGCUCGUAUAAUUGACAAUUGGGUCAAGUCUUCUUCUUGCUGAGUCAAAUAUUUCCCUCAAGGAAAUCGAUUUCUACGACAAUCAAAAAAGCUAUUUUUUCAUAAUUAUGACAUUACUUUGGUAUCCAUACGUCUUUCUGAGACUUAGAAGGCCAAAAUUAAGAACUUGGGACAAGUGUUUCCCUCGCUGACAAAAAAAAUCAAAUUUGACCUAGAACUGUAAACAAAAUGCAUCCAAAUUGCUUCCAGCCACAUCAAGAUCGAUUUUCAGGGCUCCGGCAACAAGGAAGUCCUAAUAAUCGGCGACAGUGUGGCCAGAGAUACGUAUAUGGGAGUGCAAGAGAACUUCCGAGACGUUUACAGCCACAUGUCCCUGGUUUCCAGGCGAGGCUUUCAUCCCUUCUACCGCGAUCCCGGUCUAUCCAACGACAGUGACGUGAUUUUCUCGGCGGUAGUCAAGAAUUGGGAGCGACCGAUCGACAUUUUGUUCGUCUUGUAUAGGUAGGUGAUGCGUGGAGAGUUGGAAACAUUUUCAGUACGACCACUUUCGGGACAGAAGAGGUCAAAAAGAAGUACGUCGACAAGUAUCCCAUGAUGCUGCAGGUGUUUCUUGACCAAGUUCAGCCGUACGUAAAGGACCUCAUCUUUUUGGGGUAUCCGGAAGUGACAGUUGACACGUUCAACAAUAUCGAGGAGAUGUUCAAAUUUAUUCGAGACGGGUCCUCGUUGGACGCUUUUCAUAUGAGCUGGCCGGUAAGUUGGUUUGCGAACGAGGGGAACACUUGACCCAAUGGGUCAAGUGUUCUCCUAUGAAAGGAAUGGGCGUCUAGGUGGACUUAGGCUCAACGGAUCAUAAUAGAGUGAUUUGUAGAUCCGCCACGGCCACAAAGAACAUGGCCUGACCAUAAAAAACCUCUGUUUCUAACAAGGGGAAAACUUGUCACUUGAGUCAAGUUUUUCUCUUGACGGGAACUCGUCAUUUUAGGUAAAUGACAGUAUCAAACUGUCCUAGGAGGGCUCCUUUUUGACCAAUAUUCAUUGUUUAUGAUAUGAGCCACACUAUUGGCCCCAUUCAUAAGCCAGAGGAAGACUUGACCCAUCGGUCAAGUGUUCCUCUCGUAGCGCAAACGCCAAGACGCCCGAAUUUCAUGAAAGCCUUAUAGACGACCACUUUUUCCGAUUUCACGCAUCUCCUUUUUCAGCAGCACAAAAAACGAAAAGCCCGAUUCAGCCAUGUGACGGAGAACAUUCAAUGCCCGAAAUGUCUCAAAGUUGACCAUGCCCGAAGCAUGUGCUCGACAAUCACCGAUCGCUGCCUCUCCGCACUGCCGAACGGAUUGAUUCUGCGGCGAGACAACAUUCACGCAAUGCUAAUGGGGAGCUUCUUUUACGCCGAGGAGUUUCGGUUCGCGUAUGAUCGAAAGUAUGGAAUGCGGCAGGAAACACGUACAUAA